CGCCAGGCUGGGGUGACUGCCGCCCAGCUCAGUCCCCUCUCUAAGGAAUGGCUUCUUGCCCUUUUUGCUGGCUCUAAGUGAACACUCAACUGCUCCCUGUGUGCUACAUUGAGUGUUGGGUGGAACCCUAUCUUCAAGAGUAAUGGCAACUUACCGGAAAGCCUCAGGAAGGAGAGGGUCUCAAGGCCCCUCCCCCAUCCAUGCCCAACCUUGCGUGGGGGCGGGGCAUAAAGUGCUAAUAACUAGCUGCAGUGUGCUCAUGAGUAGCAACAAUUCUGUCUCCUUUCAGAUAGGGUCAUGUUCUCAGCUUCCAGCGGGCAUGGGAAGGGGGCAGUAGCUAUUGAAUAUGCUAGCCAUCAGGACAAAGUCAGCUGUGGUGACUCACACCCGAGGUCAGAGGCCAGCCUGGGCUGCAUGCUCCACACCUGCCUGGGUUACUUGAGGAGAUGCAGGCCACUCCGGGCAACAUGUCAAGUUCUAGGCUAGCCUGGGCUAUGUAUAGUGAGUUCCAGUGUGAGAUGUUUACAACGUACCCCCAUGGAAAUGCCUACAGUCGUGUCCAAAUAUUUGGGGGAGCACGCUGGAUCUCACUAGAUGCGGAUGCUUGCUGAUUGUCUAGCAACCCAACCCAGUGCUGAAUCACUAAUAGAUGCUCAAUAAAUGGUUUGUUGAAUGAAUAAAUGAAUGAAUGAAUAAACACCAGGCAAAGCAGCAAAUUGGGUACAGAAUGUUCUGUGCCUGAGGAACAGGCUGGGUGGGCCUGUCUACAAGAUGGCAGGGGUGCCACAAGCUUCAGGGGAUUUCCCUGCCCCCCUGUGAAGAGGCCCAGUUCUUCCCCUGCGUCGGACAUCCCCGGGGGUUCUAAGGGCAGGUCAAGGCAGGCAGAAGCCACAAAAGCUCAGCCGAGGAGGCUGCAGCUUCCUGCUGUCUUCUGGCCGUCGCCAUCAAAGGAUGCAGCACCCUCAGGCAAGGAUGGCCGAGGAAGGUCGCCCUCGCCCCUGGGUGCUGCCACGUCUGAGUUGGGCCACCAUCCUGCGCUUUAGCCCCCUGCUGUUACUGCUCAGUUUUGUCAUCGGCUUUCUUUGCUGUGAUCAUUUCCGGAGACCACAGCAGACGCAGUUGGAGCCGCUUGAGGUGCAUGUAGCCGAGUUACAGCUGAAUCUCACAGUUCCUCGGAAAGAUCCCACACUGCGCUGGGCAGCCGGCCCAACCUUGGGAAGAUCCUUCACUCAUGGACCAGGGCUGGAGAAGGGGCAACUGUAUAUCCACCGAGCCGGCAUCUACAGGCUGCAUAUCCAAGUGACACUGGCUAACUGCUCUUCCGCAUACAGCACCGCGCAGCACAGGGCCACCGUGACGGUGGGCAUCUGCUCCCCUGCGGCCCACAGCAUCAGCCUGCUGCGCCUGCCCUUCGGACAGAGCUGCACCAUGGCAUCCCAGCGCCUGACUCACCUUGCCGUCGGGGACGUCCUCUGCACCAACCUUACCCUGCCUCUGCUGCCGUCCCGCAAUGCUGAGGAGACUUUCUUCGGCGUCCACUGGGUAUACCCCUGA